AUGGCUAACAACAGGGAUGCCGGUGAGAGCACCCCUCUAUUGGACUCAGGCUCUGGGAGCAGACCCCCAACGCCAUCAGUUUUCCAUGGCAGAAGACUAGCAUGUGCAGCCAUCCUGCUGGCCGAGUCAUUAGAAAGGAUUGCAUUUUACGGCAUCACUUCCAAUCUCGUCCUUUUUCUCAACAGUGACCCCUUUUACUGGCAGGGCACCCAGGCGAGCCAGGCACCUCUUGUGUUCAUGGGUGUCACUUACCUGAUUUCUCCAUUUGGAGGCUGGCUGGCGGAUGCAUACCUUGGGAAAUUCUUGACAAUUGCUUUCAGUUUGAUCCUAUAUUUUCUUGGCAUGCUAUUUUUCCCUUUCAUUUCAAGUGAUGGCACCAGGAUACAGCUAUGUGGACAAGAGGCAGCGUUUCCUGUGCAACCUGCUGAGUGUCUGAGCACAAACGGUACCGUUCCAAGCAAUGUAACCUGCCCUAUUCGUGACCCAUAUUGUGGCCCAGUCAUCUAUGGUGGCCUUUUUUUAGUUGCACUGGGCGUGGGUACUGUGAAGUCCAACAUCACUCCCUUUGGGGCAGAUCAGGUCAAAGACCGAGGACCAGAGGCCACGCGCAGAUUCUUCAACUGGUUCUACUGGUGCAUCAACUUAGGAGCUAUUCUGUCUCUGGGAGGUGUGGCUUACAUCCAGCAAAACUUCAGCUUUGUGCUCGGCUACAUCAUCCCCACUGUGUGCCUCGGGGUCUCCUUCCUGGUCUUUCUCCUGGGCCGUACUGUCUUCAUCACUAAGCCUGCUGAUGGCAGCGCCUUCACAGAUAUGUUCAAGAUCCUGGGCUUCGCCUGCUGUUCAAAGAAACCAAAGGAGCCCAACCUGCUCCGCAACAAACCAACACUACUUGACAGUGCCAAAGUGACCUAUGGAGGAAAAUAUCCAGAAGAGAAAGUAGAGGAAGUGAAAGCCCUGGUGAAAAUCCUCCCAGUUUUCUUUGCCCUUAUCCCAUACUGGACCGUAUACUUCCAGAUGCAGACAACGUACAUCCUGCAGAGCCUCCAUCUGAGGAUUCCUGGUGGUGAGCCGAACAUCACAGCUGACCCCCACAAGAUGACGUUCCGCUUCCCUGCCGCCUGGCUCACCAUGUUUGACGCAGUGCUCAUCCUCAUGCUGAUUCCCCUUAAGGACAAAGUGGUGGACCCUAUCCUGAAACGCCGCGGCCUGCUGCCUUCGUCUCUGAAGAGGAUCGCAGUGGGGAUGUUCUUUGUUAUGUGGUCGGCCGUGGCAGCGGGUAUUUUGGAGACCAAACGCCUGGAGAUCGUCAAAGCAAAUGGUACCAUUGACCAGGUGCUUGGCAACGUUACCUACUACGUGGCAGAUUUACCCAUAUGGUGGCAAGUUCCUCAAUAUGUGCUGAUAGGAAUCAGCGAAAUCUUUGCCAGCAUUGCAGGUCUGGAGUUUGCCUACUCUGCAGCCCCCAAGUCCAUGCAGAGUGCCAUCAUGGGGCUCUUCUUUUUCUUCUCCGGGAUUGGCUCCUUCGUGGGCUAUGGUUUGCUGGCUAUUGUCUCCCUCAAGGAGAUUGGCUGGAUGUCAUCCCACAAAGACUUUGGCAAUAUCAAUGACUGCUCUCUGCACUACUACUUCUUCCUCCUGGCUGGGAUCCAGGGCGUCACCUUGCUGGUCUUCCUUAUUGUCUCUUUUAAGUAUGACAAGCAGAGGGCCAAACCAGGAAGCCAAAGGCAGAGACAUACCUCCUCUUGACCUACACACCUCCCCAUAUCCCCCUCACCGUACCUGCCUUUUCCAGUUGUAUCGCUCAGUGCCCAAAGACCCUGUGGAGGAGGUAUUUACUAAUCAAAUCCUACAGAUGUUUGGUUUACCUCUGUCAGUCACAAAUGAUCUUUUCAUGUUUUGUAUUUAUGUUUAUUUUAGCUUUUAACUGGCAACUCUUAUCCUGUUUUUAUACCAAUAAUGGUUUUACAUCACUGGUGCCUCUGAGAGUAUAGAAAUGAAUGCGGGAGCCAUAUUUGAAUCAUGUCUACUGCACUCCCUCACUCCUGUGUGUUUACUCCUGUUGCCUUCCUUUGAUCAUUUGCACUUGACUUGAGGAGUGGUACCAUAAAAAAUAUGAUAUCAAGAUAUUUUCGAAUCAUGAACAAUGCUCAGUUGUUUUUAUAGUUAGGUUUUUACUUUUUAUUUUCUAACAAAGUCUUAUUUUUGGACUUAAUGUUUUUGCUAACCAUUUUACUGACCCUGGUAUGAUACAUAAGUAUUUAAAUGAUCUCUGGACUUCCAUCCACAGUCUGAAAUUUGUGCAUUAAAUGUGCUUGAGUGUUAACAUUAUUUCUUGAUCAUGUUUACCCCUGUUUGGCUUCCGGGGAGCUUCAGAUACCAAUGCAGUAACAUUAUUAUGAUCACGUUAAAUGGGAAUUUGUUUUAACUCAGAGGGUAAUUUUUAUGUGCAAGUGAAAUCAUUGCUGUUAGUGUAGAGACAGAAUAGAGCUUUUGUUUGAGGAGAAUACAAAUAAACACACGUAGAUUUAACUAAUCUAUUAUUCAAAUCUAAUACUGAGAAUAACAAUCUCCCACAUUUGUUACCACUGCCUGUGAUUACAUACUGUAAAUCCACAUAAAUCCAUCUCAUAAAUCUGUUAUAAAUCCUCAAACAGAACCAUACAUGAAUAAUGAUCUGAACUCCUCGUGCUAAAAAUACUCCAUGACUCCUAUGAAGCUUCAGAGCGGUUUUUAAUUUCUGGUCAAGCUGCAAAACCGCAUGCCCGCAUGACAAACAACUAAUUAGAAGCUAACCUUAAGCUCAGCAGGCAACCUUGAGUAUAGCUCUUAGAAUAUCCCCUGCAUUAACACUUGGACGUGAUUAAAUAAGAGCGCAGACUUAUUAUAUAUAAAAAAUGAAGAAUGUAGCACAUUCUCAUUGACAUCUUCUUUAUAUUUAGAUUUAGCAAAAACUUAUGCAGUAUUUGUUGUCAGGGACAUUUUGCAGUGUUAUCGUGGCUUUGCAGCUUUGCCAGAAAAUCUUAAAAAAAAAAAAAACAAAAAAAAAACAGUUUCUGUUUUGUUGUAUUUAUUAGACUGUGAAGCAUUUGUUUUAGCUUUAUUCUGUUAAAACAAAAUGCUUGUGUGUGUGUGUGUGUGUGUGUGUGUGUGUGUUCCUUCAACUCUGAGAAUAGGUGGAGCACAAGGUACUGAAUUUUAUUAAAACUCUCAGGGCUCGAGGAAUAGUGCCGAGUGACAUAAUUCUCCAGGAAAUGUAAAAACUGCCUUUGGGAGCUCAGAACUGUGUUUACCCUGUGGUGUAAAUAAAGUUACAUUUGUAACAGCACAUUAAAAGCAAGAAGCUAUCUCACUGACGGUAUGUGACUCCUGUUAGAGUGAUUUCAGUUUGUGUUUAAUUGGUCGGAUAAAUGGAUGUUCCUUGUUUUAUUGCAUAUUAUAUAUAUAUACUUGCUUUGUCAGUUCAGUCCUCAUCAAAAAGAUUUAUUGCGUUUAUUUUGGAAUGAUAUUCUGUUUUCAUAAUGCUGCAGAACUGGAAAAUUGUUUUGUGGUUAUAUUUGUUGCCAUUAAAGUUUAUUAAAUUGAGAAUGGGGUCUGUCAUUUU